AUGAAGAGAUACUACACUGGACGAAGUAAGGCUACUAGACAUCGACAUCGGAAGAUAAGAAAAGACGAAGAUACUUCAUGUGAAUCUAGUACUGACUCUGAGGAAUUUGAAGCCGGCAAGGAACAGAAUGUUAAUACUACAUGUUCAUCCCCUAUUAAUUCUGAGCCUGGCUAUGAUGAUGGUUGUGAGACAACUAAGCGUGCACAGAAUAAUGCUGAACAGUCUCAAUCUGCUGGGAGUGGCUGUUCCGUCUUUGUGGAUGAGUCACAGAACGCAAUGCAGAAGUUAUCGUCUAAUCUGCUUACACAUGUAUCAAUCCCUCGCAAAUUAAAGGAUUCCCACAAGGAUCAUGCUGCACAGAACAAUGUUGAUAGUUCACCAUCUGAGAAAUUGUUGACAGCAGCAACAAGUCCUACUGAUGCAAGUCGUGAUACAGGGGACGAUGAUGUGGAGUCUGCUGAUCUGUUCAUAUCAGACAACAGUGACGAAGGAAGCUCUCUUUCAACUGAAGAUGUAAACUGUGAUGGUGGUGUUCAUGAGGCAACUAAGAGAACACAAAACAAUGCUGAAAGGUCACCAUCUGAGAAACUAUUGACAGCUUCGACACUUCCUAUUGAUGCAAGUCUUGAUGCAGAGGACAAUGAUGUGGAGUCUGUUGAUCUGUUCAUGUCAGACAUUGACGAAGGAAGCUCUCUUUCAUCUGAAGAUUUCUGCUCUGAUUCAUAUAUAGCACAUUAUCUUGAUGAAGAGCCCGAACAACCUAGAAUUGAAAACCCCCAUGCAGAACCUCAAGAAGGUGUUCUACAAAAUGACGUCAACCCUGGUGGUCAUGCUGACCACGACGACCCAGACGACCCUGAUGACCCUGAAGAUCCUAAUGACUCGGAAGACCUCAGCAGCUCAGAUGAAUCUGAUGAAGAGGAAAAUAAUCAACAGCCAGCAAAUCUUAUGAAUAAUCACUUGAGGAUGGAAGUAGAACUACAACUACAUUCCAAUCUCACAAAAGGUGAAGUUAUUGUGCUAGAACUGGCAAACGCAAUUAGGCACAGGAAGACUUUUGAAAGUGUCUGA